AUGGGUAGUAACGAUAAGGACGUAGUGAUGCAUAAACGUGGCAAUGGUCGAUUAUACUAUCGUAUUGCAAUGGAUUAUGCUCCAUUAAGUCUACAAAUAAAUGCAGUUAACUAUGGUUUUAAAAUUGAACGAACAUACACAGCUAUGGAUCAUUCAUCAUAUGUUCAGCAGCAAUCCAAUGGAACUUGGAAUUUCAAACUAAAUGAAAAAAUUAAAGUCACAUUAACAAUGUCAACAACACAACAACGAUAUCAUGUAGCAUUAGUUGAUUAUUUACCAGCUGGUUGUGAGCCAUUGAAUACGAAAUUUAACGGUACUUUGACAGAUUAUACGAAUUCAUCAGUAGCAAGAUCAAAAAGAAACAGCCGCUAUAAUGAAUAUCGAUUAUAUUCAACGAUUGGUUGGACUGAAUAUGAAAAUUUAAGAGAUGAACGUGCUGAAGCAUUUCGAAGAUUAUUGUGGCCUGGUGUAUACGAAUGGAGUUAUGUUAUGCGUGCAACAUGUGCUGGAACGUUUAUCAUUCCACCAGCUAAAGCUGAAGAAAUGUAUUCACCUGAAAACUUUGGUCGAUGUACAACAGAAAAAGUUAUCAUUGGCUAA